AUGUGGUUCUCUCACUCGAGGGAUGUGGUGCUGGAGCUGGACUUCGAGGGCGUGGCGGAGCGGCUCACCAUGCUGCAGGUGUGGCCUGUGAGGCAGAUCCGGCCUGUGACGGAGAAGCUCCCCGCCAACUACCCACUGCUGACUGGCCAGAGGGUCCUGGACGCCCUCUUCCCGUGCGUUCAGGGCGGGACCACGGCCAUCCCGGGGGCCUUUGGCUGCGGCAAGACGGUCAUCUCGCAGUCGCUGUCCAAGUACUCCAACAGCGACGUCAUCAUCUACGUGGGCUGCGGUGAGCGCGGCAACGAGAUGUCAGAGGUGCUGCGGGACUUCCCUGAGCUCACCAUGGAGGUGGAUGGGAAGACGGAGACCAUCAUGAAGCGCACCGCGCUGGUGGCCAACACGUCCAACAUGCCCGUGGCUGCCCGGGAGGCCUCCAUCUACACAGGGAUCACGCUCUCGGAGUAUUUCCGCGACAUGGGCUACCACGUCAGCAUGAUGGCCGACUCCACCUCUCGCUGGGCUGAGGCGCUGCGUGAGAUCUCCGGCCGGCUGGCGGAGAUGCCUGCAGAUAGUGGGUACCCGGCCUAUCUCGGCGCCCGCCUGGCGUCCUUCUACGAGCGUGCAGGACGGGUCAAGUGCCUGGGCAGCCCGGAGCGGGAGGGGAGCGUCAGCAUCGUCGGCGCGGUGUCCCCUCCGGGAGGUGACUUCUCCGACCCUGUGACCUCUGCGACCCUGGGGAUUGUCCAGGUCUUCUGGGGGCUAGACAAGAAGCUGGCCCAGCGGAAGCACUUCCCCUCCGUGAACUGGCUCAUCAGCUACAGCAAGUACAUGCGGGCGCUGGACGAGCACUACGAGCGCCACCACCCUGAGUUCACCGCCCUGCGCACCAAGGCCAAGGAGAUCCUGCAGGAGGAGGAGGACCUGGCCGAGAUCGUGCAGCUGGUGGGCAAGGCCUCCCUGGCCGAGUCUGACAAGAUCACGCUGGAGGUGGCCAAGCUGAUUAAGGACGACUUCCUGCAGCAGAAUGGCUACUCCUCCUACGACAGGUUCUGCCCCUUCUACAAGACGGUGGGGAUGCUGCAGAACAUGAUCGCCUUCUAUGACAUGGCCCGGCAUGCGGUGGAGUCCACGGCCCAGUCUGAGAACAAGAUCACCUGGGCCGUGAUCCGUGAGAGCCUUGGGGACAUCAUGUACAAGCUGAGCUCCAUGAAGUUCAAGGAUCCAGUAAAGGACGGCGAAGCAAAGAUUAAGGCCGAUUACGCCCAGCUGAACGAGGAAAUGCAGAACGCUUUCCGUGGCCUGGAGGACUGAGGGUCAGCAACCGGGGCCUCGCUUGGGGCUGGCUGGUGAUCUGGGUCUUUAUCUGUAAUGUCUGUAUUUAUAAAAUUCUUUUUAAAUGGUCCGUUUACUCCCAAAUU